CGGUGGAAUCCAUUUCAGAGAAUGCUGCUUGACCUCAAUUCGUACCUUCGAAUUCAGUCCGUAACCCAGGACGGAAUCCCUGUUUUGACUUGACGAAAUGAGCUCAUCAAGUGCUUCUCCAUUAUCACUCUUCCUUACAACUUCCUCUAUGCCACCGCGCCGCAGCAGCAACCUGUCCUUCUUCACUUCACCCACCUCAUUUUUCUGCAUUCCCAGAUCGACAAACCCCAGGAUCCUAAGCCUCUCUUCGUCGUUUGCUGACGCGAACCUUGACCUCUCCUGGUUCCCUCCUGACCCCAAUUCUAUACCCGACAGUGACGGUGGUUGGGCUGUUGUCGAAGCUCCUCAAAGGAAGAAGAAUAAAGGAUUGUCUACUAUGGUUAUCGGGGGUAUUGGAUCCUCAGUCGCCAUUGUACUUGCUACCGUUGCUUACUUUUCACUAUACAGAAGGGGUUUUAACUUUCAAUUUAGGGGUCCACUUCAUUCUUUACAUGGGGUUUUAAGCUGGAAUGAGACUAUAGUUGAUAGUAAAGCUACUGACUCUUCUGAUAUAGGCAAAGAGGUCAAGCUGUCUGAUGCAAGUCCAGAGUGUGAAUCUGUUGCAAGUAAUGAAAGUGUUGGCUCAGCAUCAGCAGGCAAGCUUGAACGGAUUGUAGUACCAGUUGCUGCAGAUUCUACUCAAGAAGAAGCUUUGUCUGUUCUAAAAAAGCUGAAGAUCAUUGAAGAAGACAUAAGAUCUGAUGAAUUGUGCACCCGGAGGGAAUAUAUAAGGUGGCUAGUUCAUAUAAGUUUGUUAUUGGAAAGGAAUCUGAAGCACCAGGUUGAUCCAUCUGUAGCCCUCUCCGCAUCAGUAGUUCCAGCAUUUGAUGAUGUGGGUAUUGAAGACCCAGAUUUUAAAUACAUACAAGCCUUAGCAGAGGCAGGUAUCGUUCCCAGCAAGCUCUCAGGGACAAGACCAGCAGAAGUCUAUUUCUUUCCCGACAGAUAAUUUAUGUGCGUGAGUUUCAUCAAUACUUUUAAAUGUCCUUUGGUUUUGACACAGUCAAGAUAUGUGGUGCUGCAGCUUUCUCACUCGACAUGAUCUCAUAAACUGGAAAGCUCUAGUAGAGUAUGAAUUCAAGCCAGGAAUAGUAGAUCAGGU